AUGGACAAUAAGUGUUACCAAGCUUACCCGCGCAACGCCAUCAGCCUUGAGUCCCUCCAUCCGAUUGAGUUGAGCUCGGACUUUGACAGCAAGAAGGACGAACCGAUCAACUUCUCCGCAUCAGCGCCGCCCACAAUCUUAGAAGUGCCCCUAAAUGAGACAGAUACGCAAAUAGAACCUGGGCCGGUACACGUGGAAGAUGCUAAGCUGAAGAGUUGGGCGCGUUGGGCCCUGUUCAUCAUGGCUUUCUUCAUGGGUGAUGUGCAAGACGGGCUUGGCCCCUUUCUUGGCGUUUACCUGCAGCAACGCGGAUGGGCUCCCGGUCUGCGCGGCUCAGUCAACACGGUGAGUGGCGUGGCCACCAUUAUCGCGACUGGGCCAAUUGGUGCGCUUAUAGACGCGACGAAUCAUAAGCGCCUUCUCGUCGCCACAUGCGCCCUCCUUGUCGGUGUGUCGCAAGGGCUCAACCUCCUUAGCACGCACCCGGCGCUCGUAUUUUCCACACAAAUCGUUUCUGCCGUCGCAGGUACGAGCAUGAUGCCUCUGCUCGUGGCGCUCACACUUGGUAUUUGCUCUCAUGACCGUGACGAAGACGACGCCAGCAAGAGUAAACACAGCUUUCGCUCACUCAACGGGCGCAACCAAGCGGCGAACCAUGCCGGCAACAUGGUCAGCGCGGGACUGGCGGGUCUCCUAGGCUCACGCUUCGGGCUGACGGCGGUCUUCUGGCUGGUCAUUGCUUUUUGCGUAGCAACAAUGGUGUCCGUCUUUUUGCUGCCGGAACGGGCGAUCGAUCACAAAGCCGCAAGAGGAGGGCCUCCUGCGGGUGAUGGAAACGGGACCGAUGAUACUCGGCAAAUUCGAGAAAGAAGAAGCUCAGAGGCGGCUGAUGACGAAGAAAGUGGUGAGAGUUCCCUGCAUGAGAGUCCAAAUACCAGCCCAAAGGCCAAAGUGAACACGUACUUGAACACCGCAUUUAGGCUCUUUGUGAAUAAUCGACCACUCGGCGUUGUAGCCGUCACCAUAUUCUUGUUUCACCUUGGCAAUGCUGCGAUUCUCUUUCUUUAUGGCCAGGCACUCGUGGCUGCAGGCGAGGGAGAUCCCGCCGGUACAACUGGCCUCACUGUCAUCAUUGCGCAGGGCACCAUGGUCAUCAUGUCGAUACUGACGUCGUGGUUCGCUGGCCGCCAGGGAUACUGGUUCACUGUUUUGAUAUCAUACGCCGUCUUGCCUAUCCGCGCCGCCAUUGCAGGACGGUUUAUCAAGAGCUGGGGCGUCUGGCCUGUUCAAAUCCUCGAUGGUAUUGGUGCAGGUAUUCAGAGCGUUGCAAUACCGGGGCUUCUGGCCGUCAUGAUGGCUGGAAGCGGACGAGUCAACGUUACUUUUGGUAUCGUUGGCGGCGUGACCCGCCAGACUGGUGCUGCCAUCUCGCACUCAUUAGGAGGCUGGAUGGCUCAGGUCAAGGGGUAUAGCUUUGCGCUAUAUUUGUCAGGCGUCUUUCCACUUGUCUCGCUGGCGAUGUGGGCUGGGUGUUAUAAGAUGUUACGGCCAGUCAUGGAUAGGAAAGCCAAGGGUAUUGUUGUAUAG